GCGCCGGGGACUCGCGCGGGGCGUCCCGGGGCUCCGGGUCCCCCUCCGCCCGAGAGCCGGGGACCUGGCUCUGUCGAGUGGAGGCGUCCCGGCCUCGGGGGGCGUUUCCGAGACACCCGGGGAUCGCCGAGGCGAGGCUGAAGUUAAAGGCCCUGCCUUUGCUGUGAACUAACAGUUUGUGGCAAGACAAGCUCAGAACCAAGAAGUUGUCACCACAGAUACCCACUGUGCCUUUGUUGUCUUUGGACGCCCUGACUGUGGGUGCUGUUUUGCCAUCUGGGUGACAGGAGGCUGUGGCUGCCAAUAGGGAGCCAAGGGGACUGGGGCUUAGUUGUGUGCCCGGCACUAUCUGAUCACGAUGGUGGACACAGAAAGCCUGCUUUGCCCACUCUCCCCGCUCAAGGCUGAUGAUCUGGAAAGCCCAUUAGCUGAAGAAUUCCUACAAGAAAUGGGAAACAUUCAAGAGAUUUCUCAAUCCAUUGGUGAGGACAGUUCUGGAAGCUUUAGUUUUACGGAAUACCAGUAUUUAGGAAGCGGUCCAGGCUCAGAUGGAUCUGUUAUCACAGAUACCCUUUCACCAGCUUCAAGUCCCUCAUCAGUUACUUAUCCUGUGGUUCCUGGAAGCAUAGAGGAAUCUCCCAGUGGAGCAUUAAACAUUGAAUGUAGAAUCUGUGGGGACAAAGCCUCAGGCUACCAUUAUGGAGUUCAUGCGUGUGAAGGCUGCAAGGGUUUCUUUCGGCGAACUAUCCGAUUAAAGCUGGUGUAUGACAGAUGUGAUCGUAGCUGCAAGAUCCAGAAAAAGAAUCGGAAUAAGUGCCAGUACUGUCGCUUUCACAAGUGCCUUUCUGUCGGGAUGUCACACAACGCAAUUCGUUUUGGAAGAAUGCCAAGGUCUGAAAAAGCAAAACUGAAAGCAGAAAUUCUCACCUGUGAACAUGACAUAGACGAUUCCGAAACUGCGGAUCUCAAAUCCCUUGCCAAGAGGAUUUACGAGGCCUACCUGAAGAACUUCAACAUGAACAAGGUCAAAGCACGUGUCAUCCUGGCGGGAAAGACCAGCAACAAUCCACCUUUUGUCAUACAUGACAUGGAGACAUUGUGUAUGGCUGAGAAGACACUGGUGGCCAAGCUGGUGGCCAAUGGCAUCCAAAACAAAGAGGCAGAGGUCCGCAUCUUCCACUGCUGCCAGUGCACAUCAGUAGAGACCGUCACGGAGCUCACGGAGUUCGCCAAGGCCAUCCCAGGCUUCGCAAACUUGGACUUGAACGAUCAAGUAACUUUGCUGAAAUAUGGAGUUUAUGAGGCCAUAUUUGCAAUGCUGUCCUCUGUGAUGAACAAAGAUGGGAUGCUGGUGGCAUAUGGAAAUGGUUUUAUAACGCGUGAAUUCCUAAAAAGCCUAAGAAAACCAUUUUGUGAUAUCAUGGAACCUAAGUUUGAUUUUGCCAUGAAGUUCAAUGCACUGGAACUGGAUGACAGUGACAUUUCCCUUUUUGUGGCUGCUAUAAUUUGCUGUGGAGAUCGUCCUGGCCUUCUAAACGUAGGACACAUUGAAAAAAUGCAGGAGGGCAUCGUGCAUGUGCUCAAACUUCACCUGCAGAGCAAUCAUCCCGAUGAUACCUUUCUGUUCCCAAAACUCCUCCAAAAAAUGGCAGACCUACGGCAGCUGGUCACAGAGCAUGCGCAGCUGGUGCAGAUCAUCAAAAAGACGGAGUCGGAUGCGGCUCUGCACCCGCUGCUGCAAGAGAUCUACAGGGACAUGUACUGAUUUCUCUGACGUCAACGAAAAGCACAACGUGUCAAGGAUUUUUAAUGUCGACAGCACUACAAAGGAGAAACGGGAGCAGCACGAUUUUGCACAAAUACCCACCAUUUUAACCUUAGAGAUUGGAAAGUCUAAGCUCUGGGUAACCGGAAUACUAUUCCACAUUUUCUUUACUGUAACCAGUACUUCCAGGAGUGUGCAUAGCUCUCAGAUGCCGGUGACAGCAGCUCAGCAGGACGUGGAAAAUUAAGGAGAAUGAUGUUCAACAGUCUGAUUUUAACUCACCCAGUGUUAAUCAAUGCACGUCUUUACAUCGCAUUAGUAACUUACCGUUUAAUUAGCUGGUGACCCCAGAAUACAUGGGCUGUCUUCCCUUUUCACCACCCUUUUGGCUUGUGUGCUCCUUUAUAAUUUUGAAACUAAUCAGCACUUUUAAACAACUUUUAUAAUCCUAUAAAUCUAGAUGUAUCCAAAGGUUAGGUAUUUAAAAAGCAGCAAAAUAUUUAUUUGGAAGAAUUUCAUUCUGUUUCCCAAAUCUGAAGAAACACAACGUGCAGCUUUUUAAUCACAGGACUGAGAAUUUUAAAGAACAAUUUGAUAAGCUAUUGAAACGCAGCUGUUUUGUUUUCAGUUCACUGUUUUCAUGGUUGUCACUGAUGUGUGGAAAAGCCUGUUUCCAGGUUUGUGUGGAAGAUUCCAGAGAACCACGUCUCAGGACCCCUCUGGACUGUGUUAAGCUAGCGCCUGCGGCGGGCAGGAAGCAGACGAACUCGCAAGUGGGCAUCCUUCCCGUUCCCCUCGCCUCCAUUUCUGUCCAGUCUGAACCCACUCAUUCAGGCUGUUUGUGGGCAUGGUAGUUUGUUAGGGACAAACUUACAAAGUCAUUUGUAAAUGUUGCUCCGGGCCCCAUUUGGCAGCUCCUCUACCUUUUCCUGUGUUGCUUGUAAGAAUACGAUACUUUAUUUUUUUAACUCUUGGUGGUAGCAGGUGCCCCCUGAACUGAAGGGAAGCAGAUGUGACUUUACAGCCUGGGCUGGGCUGCUGGUCAUUCUAGAGCAUGAGGGAAGGGCCAUGUCCUUUAGGUGGCAGUUUCACUUAGUCUCAGAUUUCACAGUAGUUGUUUUUUGUUUUUUGUUUUUACAAAGAUUUGUCCUUUUCCCACUAAAAAUGUAAGGUGGUUUUUCCAACAUCUAAAAUAUUUGCUUUAGCCUUGAAGAGCAACUUCUCGACCUCAGUCCAGCUGGGAUAGCAGUGUUGGUUAUGGUAAUUGGCCUAGAACAUAUGGACCUGGAAAUACUUUCUCUUUCUAUCCACCUGGUAGAUAAAUCGUCCCCCAGAGGAAUCAGCCGUCCCCCCAGCCAGAGCUGGACAGAGCCUGCCGGAGCCGUUGCCUCCCUGGGGGCCACCAGACACCUGGUCAACAGCUUUACCACCUGGUUGAUUUUGAUGUUUUUCCCCCUCUAUCUUCAGAAAAUUUGGCUCUUCUGAGAUAGUUAUUAUUUGUUGUUAAAGAAUGAUUAGGAUUGAUACUGAUAAAGUUCCCAACAUCAGCAUUAUGAAAACACAAUAGGACAAAGGACAAUAAAACUGAGACUUCAACUAGAAAAAAGUAAAAGUUAGGACUGGGCCAUCCUUUUUUAAACAUUACACAUUUAGUGAUUUUUUUUAAAGAUCCAAUCAAAGGAUCUGUCAGCUGCAGCACCAGGCCAUCCACUCGAGUGUCUUAGGAAUCAAAAGCAAAGAAAAAUAUUUCCAUAUAUGACACCAAUCAAGAGGUUAUCCUAAUUCAGAAGGAAGCUAGCCUUUGAGUGACAUGGCACGUCCAUUUCAUUAUUCUUUCCUAAAAUGAGAGCUCCCUGCACCGGUGACACUCGAGGACUGAGCUUGUCCAAGGUCUUGGGGUCAGAGGCUGGAUUCCAAGGCCAAGUCUGUAUUGCCCCACUGACCACACAUCCUCCCACUCUGAGGUGCCCUAGACAAACGCUAUCCAAAUGGACUUGGCCGUGAGAUCCAGGUUUCCAGAUAUGUCAUUCAUUCUGUUUAAAUUUUCAUAGGCCCUAUUUCAAAUAGCUCCUUAUUUCAAGCUUUCAGUAGUAAAAGACAUGCUGCCUGACAGGUUCUGUGUUAGCUCACGCAGCAUUCAGGAGCGUUUGGUUCUCUUUGGGCCUAGCCAGACCACCGUUGAUGUCCCGAUGAAGUCAGAAAGGAGACCCCAAGUGACCUCAGCUUGAAAGUCACUCAACAUUGUUUGCUUUCAUUACCAGGAAGGAGAAUUACAUGUUCCCAUUUAUUUAAAUAACAAAGUCACUAAUUGCCACUCUGCUAAAAUAUUUUGGGUCACCUCAUCAAAGGUUUCUAGGGCAUCGAUAGUCCAGCAUAGACUGACUAUGCACUAGUCCCAAAUACUGUAGCAUCUCAACAGGAACUAUUGAUAGAGCGCAUUUAUUGCUGGCUUUAUUCAGUAGACAUCAGCAGAAGGCACAAUGGAGACAUCAUAACAGGUUCAAGGAGUUUCAGACCACGUGUGUAGAGCCCACAUUUCCUCUGCCAGUGAACGAAGAAAAUCAGCAACUUAACCCACUUUUCAACAAGUCAUUGACGAAAACUGAUUCUUCAUUUUCUCAACUUUUAAUAGCAAAAAAAGUGCCAAACUCCUCAGAGACCACAGAAUUACCAAAAGGCCUUGGUGUUCCACACUGACUAGAAUGAAGCGACAACCACGUGCCUCUCACAGACACACGCCAGCCGCUGCACUGCGGGUCCGGGAUCAGACAUGGUCCCCUCCGCCAGCCACCGUGAGACUUACAGUGCAUCCCUCCUCUUCCACCUCCUGGCCAUUCCAGCCAGGUGUCCCACACACUGAGUUCUAUGACCCCCACACUUUGAGGGGCCUGAGGGCUACACAGGCACAAGGCCAUGUGGAUGAAGUGCAGAACUGUCAAAACAGGAUGCUUGCGGUGACAUCAGUGAGAGUGGGACUCGGGAGCAGCAUGGUUACAUAGAGCACUAGCUCGUGAGCUGUUCUAGUUUCCCGUUGACCUUCCCACAGCUCUCUGAUGAGAUGAGUUCACAGCAUCUUCUAAAGUGUCUGGACACCUAUGCAUGUAUAACUAAUGAGAAGCAGGGUGGAAAAGAACCCAGGACUCAGUGCACUCAAGAAUGCCUGCGAGAGCUGUCCCAGUUCUAAAGAGAUUUUUUCAUUUUAAGAGCGUAGAAGGUGCCUUUCUGCUUUCUCUGAUGCAUUUCUUACCCUGGGCCAUUUAAAGCCCCAAAGGAAACAAACCACCUCAAACAUCGUCUGGAGGUCCCAGGGACAGCGCAGCAUCCCAAGAGUGUAGUAGAAGCAGCUCAAGGAACAAGUGAAAUAUCUGAUGAUGAGUAAACUGUUAAUUCAGCCCCUACUUCCCCCAAAUGUAUGGCGUCACAGCUACCUCUCUAGGCCCUGCAGAGGCACUGUUAACGUUAAGGUACACAGAGCACGGGCCCUCUUUGAUGUCUCCUGCUGGCCGGUGGUUAGGGCUCCCUGAGCAUGCACACAUCUUCGGUUGCCUGCACACGCAGGAAUGGCAAGUUACAUGACUUCUCACAGGAUCUUUUGUUGUUUAAAGGGAGCCUUAAAAAUAGGCAGGGCAAAAGUUGCUACCCCGAUUUAGUGAAGCUGAGCUCGAGUGUGACCUGGGUUAGGAGAGGUGGCCCCCCGUGCAGCCUGCAGCGAUCCGCCUGUCGGGGGCCUCCCCUCCCCUCCUGCUGCUGUUUAUGAGCCCCGUUCAUAGGAGACGUACUGCCAGAUGAGAUGGAAACAGAUGCCUCACAGCCAGCCUUCGUAAAACCGUGACUUGCUAAGGUCUUCUGGCUCACACCGUACCCUCUGUGUCUGAGUCCAAGCACUUCCUGCCUCGAGCCCCCUCUGAAACCACUGUGACACCUGAGCGUUUGAUGCUUACAGCCAGAUGCUGCUGGAGGGGGUUCUGUCUCCACGCAGUCACGACACAGUGGCCACGCCUGUCUUCAGAAUCUCUUCUUCAGCUCCCAUUUAAAUACGGGUUCAUCAUUACUUCAAUCAGUGAGUCCAGCACUCCCAGCUAAGACUGCCUUGACCACCGGCAUGGCCUUUGGAGGGGAUUCCAGUGCCCAGGGGAAGCUAGCCACCCUCAGAGUACCUCUUCGACCUGGGUGGCCUUUCAAAAUGUGGAUCCCACUAGCAAAACGUGUCAAUGCCUACAGCCACCACCUUUGUACAUCGUGGUUCUUUACAGCCUCCAAAGCAGGCCAAGGGGGCAGAUGGGGAACCAGCCCCCAUUUCAAGAUGGAAACGCCUGGCCUCGGGAUGCAGGGCUGGCACGGCAGGUCUGGGGCCCAGGCGUGGCACACUUUCUCCACCCCCUGCUGCGUCCCUGCUCUUGCAGUCACAGCCAGCAGGCGUGAGGCCAGACGAUGAACUUGACACUGACUGAGACACCUGUGGCCCUUUUCUCAGCACACAUGCUGGUGGCUGGCCAGAUGGCAAGCCCGUCAUCUGCCUGAUGCAGGUUCUUUUAAGGGAUUACUUUUUAAAAGUCUUUCUUUUAAGUUCAGAACAGUGGCAUGGCUUCAGGAGAGGCAAGGACGUUCACUGUCUAUAGAACUUACAAAUCAAGUCGAUGCCACCACUUGAGGGCUUACUCAUUAUUAACAAAUGUCCACAGGAGAUCUGUCUCAGUGCAUCGUUUUGACAGCAUUGGCACUGCCAAGCACGAGCAGUAUCUAUUCUUCUCAUUUUAAAAGCAGCCCAGCUUCUGUUAACUCCUGGUCCAAGCUGACUUGUGCAGUUGCACUGGAAUUUCUUGCCAACCAGAUCUUUGCACUGAGCUGUCGGUUCAGGGGAUUGUGUGUGCCCUCCUCACCACAGCGGUGGUGGGAGCGGUCACUCAAGCCCAUCUUCAGACAUCUUGGUCUGGAGAUGAAAUGUCCACAAAUUUCUGCUGCAGAGAGUCUCUAAGGACAGCUCAGCUGUGCGAUAACUUUGAGGAGCAAAUGAAGGGUUGUGACAAAUGCUGAUGAAUGUGCCUCAACUGUGCUGGCGGCAACCAACGGACAUCUUGCCAAGGGAUUCCUUUAUGUUGUUAAAUCAUCAAGUGGCCUUCCAAGUUCCUGGCCUUCACCCAGGGCAUGUACUCCUCUGAGAGACCUUCUGCCUAGAAAGAUGUAAGAUGAGGCUCCGAAGGUCUAGGUUGUUGCUGGCACUAAUGUAUUUUUUUAGGUGCUAUUUUAAUAGAAUUCAGAAAAAUGGUAAUUGGCCCCCAGCCUGUAAAACAGGAUAAGAAUAAGGGCAAUAAAUUUAUUCUGACUCCGAAUAUAGGAGAUCCGUUAUAUUUCUCUGGAAACCACAAUACAUACUAAAAUGUGAAAUUGGAAGUUUUGUAAAAAAACAAAAAAAAGAUAAUGAGUUUCAUUCUUUAGUUUGCAUAAUUACAUAGUGCUUUCCAUUAUGCUAUUUUUGUGGAAUGCAGUAGGUUCUUAAACUAUCUCUGUGGAGUGGACUGCAGCCUUCAAAAAAAAAAAGCCACAUGUGUGGCCUCGCUUAUUAGGAGAGCAGAGAGGAGAGGCCAGGGCUGCUUCCCAUGCUGCCUUUAGCAGCUGCAUGCACCUGAGGACAUCGUCUCAGAUCUGGAGUGGGGCUAUCGACUGACCAUUUGCUUCUCAGAUUUUCCGUUUGAGACAUGAGAAAUAUAAUUGGUUACUUUUCUCCCCCGGGGCCCCUUUUUGUAAGGGAAGAGGGGCUAUAUAAUGUGGUUUAGCUGAAAUACAGCCACCUCCUUUUGGAGUCCUUUGCCAACGAGAACAGGCAAAAAUGAGUCCACGUUCAAUGUCAUGUCUUGACCGAAGCAACUGAGACCAUCAAGUCCUUUAGUGGCCCCACAGCUGUUAGAUGCAUUAUUUGAAAAAAAAAAAGAAAAAAGAAAAGCAAACAUUGAUUUUUACAUUGUACACAGCAAAUUAAGACCCGGGUUAGUUUUCAUUAUUAUUGUAAAAGUUUGCUAGUUUGGGUCAAAUGUGAAACAUGUUUUCCUCCAGAGAAGGGAAUGUGCUGGCCGCCUCCUCCCUUGCUCCUCUUCUCCACCCCCAGCCCACGGAGCACCACACAAGCCGGCCCGUGAGCCCCGAGCCGUGGGAGGCAGGAUGGGGACAGCAGGCCCGGAUUUCCCGGCAUCUCUCCCAGACCCUCAAGCCUCAACUCUGCCUAGAGUCGGAUCAGAUCAGGCUUCAGUUCCUGAAGACAAGUCAGUGGCUGAUCUUUUCAUGGUAAAAUCACUUGAUUUUGGAAAAUUCACUUUUUUUAAAGGCACAGUCAGUUCCUUUUUCAAGCCUAAAAAGAAACGUACCUCACAAAAGAUGAAUACCACUUAGUACCCUUUUGGUAAGAAUACAAUAUUAGUGCUGAGUAUCACCGUUUUUUUCUGCACCGUAUGGUAAAAAGAACUAUGUUGAUAGCUGUAUCUUAAAUACUGUGAUUUGAGUUUUUUUAAAAAAUCCUAAUACAAAUAUUUUACUAACUUACAAUCAUGCAUCUAAUGACAAACACUUGAAUUCUUUUGAAAUCAGUGUUAAUUGGUGUAUACUCUUAAAAGCCUGGCUCUUGAACCGUUGGAAAUACAAAGGAAGCCGAAGUGAAACAGCUGGGACACAACUGCACACGAGCAUGCACGCCCUCCCCCAGCUUCUCAUCUCCCCUGAGCAAAGCAGAAUUUAUUUUCAGUCUGUAGAUCUGCUCCCUUCACCCUACUUCACGUGCAAGAAGUGCAAGUGUGUCUGUCUUUAUCCAUUUCUACCAGCAAGGCCUGCUUAGACCCCAGGUCAGAGGUCACUGACUUCAUACAACAGUAUUUUGCUAGAUCAUUAACUAUUCCUGUUUAGGAAACAGCUGUCUGCUCUUCAGGGGAUUAUUACCUGUGGGUUAUUACCAAAGAACUUUGGCAACCUCAAAUAUUCUGACAAAUUAUUUGCACAUGCUGUUUCUCUGACAUCCUCUUGAUGAACCAACCCAAAGCAUAAAACAGAAAGCACAGAACCCUUCUGUCCCAUACAUUGUUUUCAGCAUCUUGACAGAAUUUCUUCUUGGUGCAUAUUUGUUGCUCCCCCUGGGACCCACAGUGCCAUCAUGCUAAACCCUAGGGAAGGGGCCGGGCCCGUGGCUCACUCGGGAGAGUGCGGUGCUGAGAACACCAAGGCCUUGGGUUCGGAUCCCAUAUACGGAUGGCCGGUUCGCUCACUGGCUGAGCGUGGUGCUGACAACACCAAGUCAAGGGUUAAGAUCCCCUUACCGGUCAUCUUUAAAAAAAUAAAAAAUAAAAAAUAAAAAAAUAAACCCUAGGGAAGAGGGUUUGACAGACACACAGGUUUCCAAAGCCAGGACUGAGCUCAGUUUUCCGAUGUGUGCUCGUGAUUACUUUUCUUGGGUGCCUUAUACUCUCAAAGUAUUUCGGGGCUUACAGACCUUUGUUUUUUAUGUGAAACAGGAGCAGUUCCAAAGGAGGAACUGUUGAGCGGGCUCCGGCGUCCUCUCUUCAACUUCAUACCUCUCUGCGGGUGUGGGGGUAUCCAGGACCUCAGGAAUCAAGGGUGCAGGGAAGGACAAAUGUAAUAUUUCUAGUCACAUCAACUGAUUGGUCCAGAUUAGAGAAUGGCUAUAAAAUAACCUUAAUUUUUAAAAAUCUUGGGGGGGGGGUCUUCAUUUUCCUAUUAGGAGACUGAACUGACCACAUGUAUUGAUUUAUAUCCUGAAUUUAUGAGAAUUUAUAUGUUUGGAAUGUCCUAUGUAAGACUGAUGAAUGUAAAGAGUUAAUUUCAGGGUACAGUUUUGCCUUAAUGGUUUUAAAAAUAAUAAACUAUUUUUUAAAGUUA